ACAGUGCAGACUGAGACUACCUCACUAACACACACUCAUUCAGAAACACACACACACACAUCGGUUUAGAGGACGCCGCAUUAUGCACCCAGGCUCUGACUCCUCAAAGUGCUCAACUGAGAUAACCGACCCGCUGGAUACCAGGCCGGCCCGAUACUGACAGAGGAUAAAUCUGCAGGAGAGACUGAGGAGAGCGAACAGCUGGAUUAAAAAGUUUGGUUAAAAAAAAAGUCAAGCCCAUUCUCUGCUGGGUCUGAAAAACAAAAAAACAGACUUUAAUAACCUACAGUGCCUGGGCAGGAGAAAACCAAACAGCCUACAGGCAGAAGAGACGGCCUUCAGCCUGAAAAACCUUCAGGAAGAAUCUGAAACAAAACAAAAGGGACAGAGAAAACAGCUGGCGAAAUGAGAAUGGCCUGUGACAUUCUGCUGCAGAGCUCCCACCUCUCCCCCAUAUCCAUCCUCCCUGCUGACUCUGCUCAGAUAAUCCAUUGCACCAUCAGGGCUGCAGUGGAGCAGCACUUCUUCGAUCUGAAGACCUCCAUCGACCAAGACCUCAGCAACUAUGACAGCCAAGGGGUGAGUCCCAGUGAGUCUGCAGAUCAGGGUUGCCAAGGACUCGAGGAUCAACAAACUGACCCUGAGGACAGCCCCUGUGACACAGAGGGGGAAACCCCACUCUCAGAAACCGAACAGAUCAUGCAACAAAGUCAGACACACACCCAGGAUCCAUUGGACUCUGGCGCCGCCCUAGAGGAGAGCUCGGGGAUGGACCUUGAUGCAGAGGCCGUCAGAGACACUGAGAACAACAUCAACACUGCCAGGCAGGACAAUCAACCCUGUGACAACAUGGAGCAAACUCAGAUUGACAUCAUAAACUGUGACGCGGGUUCAUGCCGCUGUGAUCAAAACGCCAACACCAGCAACACCAACCGGAACCACCUGUCGCCAUGCCAACCAAACUCUGGCCAAAAACCCCAACUGCAGCUCUUCCCCGACAACCAAUGGGAAGUGUCCCCCCCCUCCAAUCUCCACCUCCCUCCCAUAGAUUUCUCAUGUAUGCACCUGCAAAAAGAAGGGGAUGACCCCGUCCCUGCCUUUAAAUCGUGGCGGGACGAGGGUGAUGGUGGGGAGGCGCAGCUCUCCCCUCUGGCCGGUCGCAUGGUCCGCCUCCCCCCGCUGCUCCUGGAGGAGGAAGGCGAGGAGGAGGAGGAGGAGGAGGAAGAGGGGGAUGGAGGGCAGGACGACGCCUCCCCCUCCUCCUCCCGCUCCCACCCUCCCCUCCUGGCUCGACGCUUUCUCGAUUUCGGGGCGCACGGUGCCCAGAGAUUUGUCCAGCAGGACCCCGACGCCACCUCACCGACCAAAGCACAGAGGCCGCGGCGAGCGUCGUUCGGCUCCAAAGAGGCGACGAGAGGAGGAGACUCGGUGACGCACCAACUCACCAAGAAGCUCCAGCACCUGAAGAAGAAAAUCAAGCAGUUUGAAGAGCAAUUUGAGAAGGAAAGAAACUAUAAGCCCUCUCAUGGAGACAAGGCAGCUAACCCCAAAGUCCUGAAGUGGAUGACAGACCUCACAAAGAUCCGCCGGCAGAUUAAAGGACGCCAGCACCACCUUUUACCCAGAAGCACGCUGAGGCACCAGGCUUUGCUCCAUUCAUACAGACGCCACCAUGCUCCCUCCUCCCCUUCCUACUCUUCCUCCUCUUCUAUCUGCUCCCCCCCCAACCACACACUCACCUCCCCGCUCCACCCCUACUCAGGCCUGAGCUCUAAAGCGUUCCUCAAUGCCAAGCACCGUGCAGAGAGCGAGCUCGGCCCCCUGACUCGGCCCCGCAGCAACACUUUACCCAAGAGCUUCGGCUCCACGCUGGACCAAGGCGCUCACGACGCAGAGGUCAAAGAUCAACAUCCCACCAGAGAGGAAACGCUGGAGCUCAUCCAGCAGCGCGUCAAAGGGAAGAGGCAGGAGGACGGCUGGCCCGACGACAUCAAGGUGAGCCGCAGACACUGUGAGCAGGACAUGGACAGCAACUAUGAACAGUAGAAGUGGAUUAGCGAGUAAAUAGAUAUACCCUUUUCCCACUAAUAUAAGCAUGUAUGUAUAGGGUUUUUUAAAUAAUAGAAAACCUCCCUUUUCUGCCAGUAUAUAAAUGC